AUGACAUUCUUCCUACGACGGCGCAGAAGGGCACGCGAUGGGUCGACCGAUCGCACCAAGCGUGACCUUGACGAUGCUCCACCGCCUUACUCCGAUCCUCGAACCGGCACAGGUCCAAAGCAAGACGAAAAUCCCGUCCGACGGCUACAGAGAUUCCUCACUCAGCGUCUCGUCUCCGAAUAUGGUCUUUCUUCCGAGCUUGGUUGUACCAACAACGAUGACAUCGUUGAUCAGAAGUAUUAUCUUGACCUGUGCAGGCAAUACUGUUUACUGCUUGGCGCACAAUUCGACUCAAGAUACGAUAUUGUGGCGACGAAACAGGAGCUUAUGAGGGUCAUCUUCGAACCGGCAAGGAUGCUUGGUAUACCCGCAGAAGUGAUGGAGUACUUCCUAUUCAGCACGCGCAUGCUCUCAAAAGCCUACCCCGAAAUGGACUGCUUCAACGAUCUUAAAGUCUGCAAUUACACAAAGACAAUACUCCUUCGUCUUGCCAUUGACUAUACCAUCAUCAUCGAUGCUGCGGUGGCAGAAGAGCCAAAUCCGCCCUGGCCUGCUGCAGGCACAGUUGAUCCGAGAAAAGCUAGUGUAGGCCGCAAACUCAAGGAUAAAUGUCUGGCCUUCCAUCAACAGUUCUACCCUUGGAUGCUGGACCUACGCUUGAUCAACCUAGAACAAAUCGUGAAGGAGCUGAAGAAGAAAGACAAAGACGCAGAUGUGCCAGUGCAUUGCGAAUCUGCCACUCUACCGGGUCGAACCUAUCAUGACAACGUCAAUGCACGCUGGGAAGCGCUCAUCAAAGCUUAUGACAAGAAAGACAGUAGCGUCGAGUCCAAUCACAAGCAAGCCUCAUCCACCUCCUUCUCGACAGAAUUCCCUAGUUUCCUACUUCCUUAUCGUCAACACACCUCCUGGCCUCUAGUCACAGCCUUAUCUUAUCAAGCGAUGCGCCCUUGUAGUGCCCUUGCCUCCCCCUCAAGCUCCCACAACCUUCGGAUCUUGUUCUCAGACUUUCACCACUGGCGCAAAAAAAGUCUACGCGACCUUAUACUUGCUUCCAACCCACUCCAAUGGAGAUCUUCUACAAAAGGAGGUUCGAAUGUGGUUUGCCCAAUGGAAUUAGAGUGGAACACAUGGAGUUCAAGAAUCCAGACGGAGGGGCUCCAAAGUCGGUCCUCGAGGAUGGUGAUUUUGGAGACUCGUGGGAGUCGAGAUAUGACCUGGUCCGCACAAGUUCCCCUCGAUCUCGGUACAAACUUCUCUCAUCUGGAGAUGAUCAAGGCUCCGAAGAUUAAAGCUACUACGAAUCUGCUCCAUUCCAGCGGUCGCACUUCGUCCCCUCAUGCAUCCUCAACUCUCCCGAUCCGAUCAUCAAAAUCUUCACUGACAUCCAACCCUCUAGAUCCUUGCGUUUCCACCCCUUCGCAGAAUCACAAUCAUGGUUCCAAGUUGUUACAAAAAGAGUUCAAAGACAUGCUAUUUCCGGACUUGGAUGAUCUGGGGGAUUCGAAGGAUAGCACCACCAGGGAUACCACGACAUCACCAUCGCAGCGAGAAGAACAGAUAUCGGCAACGCCGUCAAAGCGACUAGAAAAACAGGCACGGCUUGUUCGUGAGACUCUGAAGGCACUGACGAUCGCGCUUUAUGCCAUGGUUAUCUUUGUUCUUGGUGGCACUUGGAUUGUACGAUGGCUUUUGGUCAAGUGA